AUGCGGGUAAUCGCGUCAGGCGAUGACAUCAACCCGCCGAUUAAGGGGCGUGGAAUCUUUGGCAACAAUUCUCCGUUUCGUUACGCUGAACUGUCGGACAUUGUCGAUCUAAAGUAUUCGGGUUACUUGGUGUCGAUAGGCAAUUCCGGCGAGACGCCAAGUCUCCCAAGUUAUGAAACAUUGACGAAAGGAUGGAUAGUGUGGGAGCCCUUGGUGCAGAUCAGGAAUCAGGAAUCAAAAGGUUCUGCAGAGCAGUGUUCGAGGAGGAAACAUCCCGGCGAAGAUGCGGGAAAACGAAAACAAGAACAACAAGAAUCCAAGAGAAUACUUUUGGCGAAAAAACCUCGCAAAAUGGAAGCGGAAGAUUUGAAUCGUGUUAAAUUUAACGCAGCUGGACCACUUAUAAUGGAUCAAGGGCUACAGGGACCAGUGAAGCAUGCACUAGAGGACGACUACUCAGAAGCCAUACAAGGCGUCCAGUUCGACGCUCAUCAGAAUGAAAUUGUAGACAUUGGCACGAACGUCGAACUUCUACAUGUAAACGACGCGACCUGUUCAAUAGAGGAAGUUGGUGGGAAGAAAAAAAAAGUAACGAGCUCGAUUAAACGGAAUCCACGUCGGCAUAAAAAGCAUUAA